GCGCUUCUCAACUGCAACUCACGACUCAGAACAAGCUCGCAAUGGAGUAUGCGACAUACGAAUCGCGACUUGCUACCUUUGAACCUCCAUCCAAACGCUCAAAACUAGGAUGGCCUCACAAAACACCCACCCCAGAAGAAUUAGCCAAAGCAGGCUUCUACUACAAACCCUCGAGCGAAAGCAAUGAUAACACCAUCUGCUUCUUGUGCGGAAGAUUUCUGGACGGGUGGGAAGCAGACGAUGAUCCAAUCCAAGAACAUGUGAAACACUCAAGUGACUGCGCGUGGGCGAUAUUAAUGGAUGCUGGUCAGAACACCAGCUGGGAUGUCAAUAAUAUGGAAGAUCCCACUGGACAACACUCCGCUGAUGCAAGAAGAGGUACAUUUGCAAUCGGCUGGCCUCAUGAGUCGAAACGUGGCUGGACAUGCAAGACCGAAAAAAUGGUAGAAGCAGGUUGGUAUUAUGUGCCUACACCCGAAAGCGACGACUUCGUGAGCUGCACAUACUGCAAGCUAUCACUGGACGGCUGGGAACCCAAAGAUAACCCUUUCAACGAGCACUACCGCAGAUCGCCUGAUUGUCCCUUCUUCCACUUUGCAGGCACGACUGCGCCUUCAAAACGCCCGAAAGCAAAGAAAGGCCGCGCAUCAAGAUCCUCUCGAACAUCGAAAGCUUCAACACGUUUAUCUACGCAAUCGAAUAACACAACUAUGCUCUCAGAAGCCCCUAGUAUGGACGAGAUACCCGAUCUCGACGAGUCAAUAGACACGAGUACAACAUCAGUAAUGUCAACAAUGUCCACCGCAUCAACAGCCACAACAAAGGGCAAGCGGAAUCGCACAGGGAGAGCAACGAAGGCAACCAAGAAACGAGCAAAGACAACGCGAGCGACUAGAACGAAGAAAGCUGAGCCAGUACCAGAGCCCUACCCCGUCGAAGAACAGGUCGAACAGCAGGAAACAGAAGCGAUAGAGACACCGAGACAGGCUCAGCCAGGGCCUCAGAUCGAUCCCGAACCAGAAGGUCUCCCAGAACAACAUUCUCUCCCCAGUCCCGAAUCCAGCCCAGAGCCUGACGUCGAAUACCCAACCAUCGCGAAUAUUCCUGGCAUACCUAGCUCGCCCAGACACCUGGGCCCUGUCGGCGUCCCACCACAGCCUUCGCCCACGCCGAUUAAGACGCGAGCACCUCCUUCCGCGACACGACCAUCGGUGACUCCAAGAACAGCUACAAAAUCCCAUUCACAACCGCAAGCACAGACGCAGCCACAACUUCAAGCGCACCAGGUCCCCGAGCAAACAAGCCCAUCGCCGCCCUCAGACAUCGAGAACGCCCCUCCAAGCGCUCGCCCCGCCUCAGUUCGACAGCUACUUGCCAGUCAAACACAGACAAUCCCUCUCGCCACGUCAUCACCCGGCGAACGCAUCCCAACAUGGAACCCAGCGGACAUCGAGCUUAUUUUCCAGCCUAGUACGCCUCAACCAGCCGAUCUAUUGGGCCUUACGGGCGGCAAACUGUCUGCCGAGGAACAGUCCAUGACGGUGCAGGAGUGGAUUGAGCAUGUCGCGGGUCAGGCGGAGACUAGUCUGCGCAUGGAGGCGGAGCGUGUGGUGGGUGUUUUCGAACGCGAGGGACAGAGGGCGAUGGGUGUAUUGGAGGCAAUCAAGUGUGUUUGAGCGGUUCUUCUUUUGGUCAGGCUGCGUUUCUGCAUGCCCGAUUCCAGCGAAGGGAUGUAACACUUGUUCGCGCUGUGAUCGCACUUGAGUAUGCAUUAUGAGCGAGUAUGGAGUUUUGAGAGCUUUUAACAUCAAUCAGGGUAGCGUGGGAUAUGCCGUUCAAAGGAGUGCCUUUGUACUGCACUUGGCAGCCUUGUCAAUGGACACGACAUCUUCGUCUUGGAUCGAGGGUAUACAAAUAUUUUGAUCGUGAUGUACGCUGCUAUGACAGGACAUAUCUCGUCGCUGCUGUUAUCCCGUUGU